UGACAAUUGUCGAUGAUGAUUUAUUGCCGGCUGGCGACGGAGGCGAUUUGAGCACAGUUGUUUAUACAGCCACCUCAUUUGAAUCGGAAAAAUUUGAUGAUUUUUCCAAACAAAAAUUCGAAUUAGAAAGAUUGGGCAUGACGGUCAGUACAAAAUCUGUGGUAAUCGUUAAAGAUGAUACUAAUCUCAUAGGGAUUAGUAUUGGUGGUGGGGCGCCACUUUGUCCUUGUUUGUAUAUAGUACAGGUUUUUGAUGGCACCCCUGCAGCAAAAGAAGGCUCCUUGGAAAGCGGUGAUGAGCUGUUAGCCAUCAACAGUACCAGUGUAAAAGGCAAAACAAAAGUCCAGGUUGCCAAAAUGAUACAAGCUGCCAGCCAACAAGUUACCAUACACUACAAUAAAUUGCAUGCCGAUCCAGAAAGAGGAAAAUCCCUCGACAUUAUAUUGAAGAAAUUAAAACAUCGUAUUGUUGAUAAUAUGUCGAGUAAUACAGCCGAUACGUUGGGUCUGUCCCGAGCGAUAUUGUGUAAUGAUUCUUUAGUGAAAAGACUAGAAGAAUUAGAGGGUACCGAGCUAAUGUAUAAAGGUUUGGUGGAUCAUGCACGUCGAAUGCUCAAAGCUUAUUACGAUAUCCUACAAAGUUAUAGAGCAUUUGGUGAUUGUUUUAUGCGCAUCAGUACCAGAGAACCACAAAUGCGCGCCUCCGAGGCAUUUCGUCUCUUUGGAGAAUUUCAUCGUAAUCUGGAAAAAGAUGGCCUGGCCAUUAUAAAGAAAAUCAAACCCAUCCUUGAUGAUUUGGGAACAUAUCUACACAAAGCCAUACCCGAUACCAAGUUGACUGUAAAACGUUAUAUGGAUGCCAAAUUUACCUAUCUUUCGUAUUGUCUAAAAGUCAAAGAAAUGGAUGAUGAGGAACACGGGUUUAGUGCCAUACAGGAGCCGCUGUAUCGUGUCGAAACGGGCAACUAUGAAUAUCGUCUGAUAUUGCGAUGUCGUCAAGAUGCCCGCACGAAAUUUGCCAAACUGAGAACAGAUGUUUUGGAGAAAAUGGAAUUACUGGAAUGUAAACAUGCCAACGACUUGACUAAGCAAUUACGCAGUCUGCUCGAUUGUUUAGGGCAAUUAAGUGGUUCCAUAGUGGAGCGUAUGGAAUCAUUACCGAGUCUAUUCCCAAUUGAAGUAGAUUUUAAAGAAACCGACUUUCAAUAUAAAUCGAAGAUAUUGGAACCGCAAAAACUUGAUGAUGAUGAAGAGGAAGAACAGCAGCAGCAACAAUCGGCAAAUAAAUCAUUUAGCAACACCACAAAGGCAGGGGAAAUUGUAUGUGGCGUGGAAGCAGUUGAAAAACCAGCUGCAAUCAUAAAUGUUCCCCCUCAAAGUGAGCAAUUGCAAUCAUCAUCAUCGUUAACAACAGCAACAACAAUAAAUGAAAGUGAUCAACUUUUAAAAGAUUUAGGUCUUUUGGGCAUUGAUUUAAAUGCCUCCAGCAAUUCGAUUACUGCUCAUCAUCCAUUUGCUUUAGGCAACAGUAGUACACCUUCCAAUGGUGCAUACGAUUUUGAUUUAUUCCUUAAUCAAAAAAGCCCCUCCGUCGCAGAGAGUACAAAACAAUUGGAAAAGGAUUUAAUGGCUUGUAAUGCUUUAGAAACGGAUUUACUAUUACAAUAA